AUGGCUUUCCUGGCUUUCUGGGCCUGGGCACUGGUUGGCUGCCUAGCUGCUGCUGCUUUAGCACAAGAUUCUAACCUCUCAACUCUGUAUCCCCCUCUCUGGGAUGAGAGUCCUGAACAGUUCAGUGACUACAGGGUGGAGAAUGGAAAAUAUAUCAUUGACCCUUGGGUAUUCACUGACAGAAUGGGGAUGUAUAGAAUCUUGUUGAACCAGACAGCCAAAUACUUUGCAAAGUUUGCUCCAGAAAAUGAACAAAAUAUUUUGUGGGGUUUGCCUCUGCAGCAUGGGUGGCAAUACAGGUCAGGCAGAUUAGCUGAUCCCACCAGAAGGACAGACUGUGGCUAUUACCCUGGAGACACUCUAUGCAUCUCUGUAGACAGCUGGUGGGCUGACAUAAAUUAUUAUCUGAGUGUGCCUCCCUUCCUUGCUGCGAUUGAUUCUGGCAUACUGAACAUAUCAUCAACCCAAAUCAAGAUUUUGCCACCACCUGAGGAUGAGGCGAAGUUUUGUUAUGAUGUUUCUGGCUGUCAGUCAUUUGUCCCUGAAAUAAUGGAUGGAUGGAGAGCCUUUUUUCAGUACAUGCAGUCACCAUCCAGUGACUUUGAGGGGCUCUUGAAGUACUUGUGGGAUGCUCAUACCUCAUCCCUGGACUAUCCUGUCAGUGUCUUUGUAGACAGAUAUGCCUAUUAUUUUGAACCAGAAGCAGAUUUUGAGAAAAAUUGGGCUGUUGCUGUAAAUUACUUAGCUGCAUCCCGCCUUCCUACAACCUUGAAUAGAACACAUAACUUCCAGGCUGGUUUUCCACCACGAGUUCUUGUUGAUGGUGACAUAGCCCCUUUCAUUGGUGACUUCACUCCUCUUCAGAACAGAGUUCUGCUACUAUUACAAGUACUUGGUGUCACUCAUAGACUUACAGGAUCCUUGUCUUUGGUUGCAUGGAAAAUUGCAAUGAGUACAAAAGCGGCAAGAGAGCUCUUUCUAAAGGUUUUAGAAUAUUUUCUGGAAAUGCCUGUGCAAAAUAUUAACAAAAUUACUCCUAUUUUUCCCUGAUAACCCCUGUCUCCUAUUAUUUUCCCCUCUCUUGAGUUCCUUCUUCCCGUUUAUCCCCAUGUUUCCUUGUAUGUCUUUCCCUCUUCCUUCCCAACUGGACACCCCCCAUUUUUUCCAUUUCCCCCUUGGUAACCUCAGUUUCCUACUAUCCCCCUUUGUCUCUUUCUGUGCCUUUACCUCUGUGAAUACUUUCCAUUGUCUGGCUCCUGCUGUUACUUCAGGACCUAUACUUACAUAUAAAGUAUUGGAGCUAAGAUCCACAAAUGAAGAGAGAAUAUA